AUGCCACCGAUAGAACUUCCAAGGUUAACAGGUUCUUUACGAGCUUUCUCAGGGGUAUCGUAUCCGCAUUCACGUCCACCAGAAAAUGUGAAUGACCUACUGAAGAGGAAGCGCCAACUCCGAGCAAGAAAGCAGCUUGCGAAAACUUUGUCGUGGGUGGAAUUAAAAAAUUUGAUAUCAGAAUCGGCAAGCUCUGACAAAGUUGCUGCCCAGGAGGUAUGUAUAUCACUUUUAACAGACAAGAAAAAGGUUUUUCUUUCAAGCUUGUUUAGUUAGAUACAGAAAUAAUGUAUUCGUGGGACGUUCUAUUUUUAUCUGCUUUCCUGCCUCCCCCUGGUAAGGAUGACUGGAAUCCGAACCUUCAAAUUUUUGUCGGCGCCCUUUAAAAAAUGAAAUCCAAAGGGUUUGUUCUUUGUCGACACUUUUGAAAAAUUUGUCCGAACUUGUCGGCCUAUUUGAAGAAAAAAUCCGAACUCCCUAUUCUAAAACCCGUCAUCCUUAGUUGUGGGUGGGAAGGGGAGGGGGGCGGGGGUUCGGAUUAAAAACGGAACUUCCCCAUAUACAUGAAAGCCCCAAAGAUCACCAAGAUCCGGUCAUCUAUGAAUUUACCAAUAAAUUUAGAUUUAAGGUUAAAUUUAGAUAUAUAUUGUUGUUGUUGUAGAAAAUUUAGAAGGAAUAGAGUUGUCAUUCCAUUUGUUGUCCAUUCCAUUUUCAUGGUGAGCCAGUAGCUCUAGUUUUUAGGAGAAGUACAACACAGCCCACCACAGAUCAAAUAAAGGGUAAUAUUGGCCAGUAUAGGGCCGUAAAAAGCAGUAAACUUAUAGUACAAGACAGUGAACACAUUAUAGUGACAGUAUUGUAAGUGACAGUAAAGAACUCUACUGUGCAGAACAGUUGCAGUGAAGAACGGUACAAGAUUAUAUGGUUCAGACUGUACUGGAAAUCACACAUCAGUAAGUACAGUGUAGAUAGUACUUGUAUUUCACAAUGGUAGACCCUUCUAGUCAAGCUGAUAUCAACAUUACAGAAACGCGCCCAUUGAAAAACGUUGAUCGUGAAAAUGCAAAUAAGUGAAAAAUGACGUAAAUUGAGUGUUAAUCAAGAAAUCCUCCAUGAUUAUCCCUUUCCUGGUUAUUAUUCCUGCUCAGACACCUGCAACAUUUGCCUAUUCUUUGACAAAGAAUAGAAUUUCACGCAACUAACAAUAGCUCAGUCUAUCUAAAAACUGUCUAAAUUUAAUCUGAAUUAGCAUGUGACUAUUUGCUUUUAAUCGCUUUGUAAUUGAAAAAUCCUCAAUGAUUGUCGUUCAUUUUGUCAUAAAUUUUUCAACUUUCCGAUUAAAACGAAUUUUUACCUGUUACAUGCUUCAUGGUGUUCGAAAUCGAUCGAUAAAAUAUGAGCACAACCGAUGCGUUAGUGGUUUGUUUACAUUUUAAUGCGGGUUUUAGAUAAUAUUGUAAACCUUAAAAUUUACGUUGAAAUUCCAUGAAAAAGCACUUUCACUUACAUUAUUUAUUUGAGAUAUUGAUUUUAACAAAGUAUAAGGCAAAAUUUAGAGCGAUAGUUUCUUUAACAACGCUAUAACUAAAUAAUAUUUAAUCGCCAGACCUGAACAGUGAUCUAAUCUGUCUCUUGAAAACAACUACAAUACCGCUUCUGAUAAUAAUAGACAUUGCUAAACUUUUUUGUUCAAUCUUAUCGACUGAUUUUCGUUAAGAAGAGUUUUGAAUUGAAGAAUAGUUGGUUUUUGAUUAGCUUUAAUUGUUUUUCCAUCGAGUCAAUUCGCACCAGACUACCGCACUCGGGAGGGCUUUAUGUUAGUGCGCGAGGAAGAAAAAUACUUCUUUCUGCAUAAACAUUUUCUUCUCUGUAGCAAUGACAAAGACAUUCCAACACUUAAAACAAUGGCAACCUACCUCUAUUGUUUCUGCAUUGUCUCUUGAAAGUGUGAGAAUUGUUGGUCGCAAUAAAGUUCAUAAGACACCGAAAGCGGCAGUAGCCUUUGAACCUUGUUUUUGCUCGCAAAGCGUAAUGGGUACCCCACUUUUCCCGGGCGACCUUUUUGAAUGGGCGCGUUUCUGUAAUGAAUGAGGACCCUUGGUAUUCCAAUGUUUAAGAAAGUGCAUGCAAAAUUUUAAAAGUAUAAAAAAGCAAAAGGAAAUUGUAAUAAUUAUGACUAACUAAAUUAACUAACUGCUGAUAUUUUUUUAAACUAACGAAAGUGCCGCUGGCUUCUUUAUAACUGAAAGUCUCUAGGGACUUGUUCUACUCGUAAAAGUACUGGACAGUAGAUAGGGUACACAGAACAGCACAGGGCUGAACAGUGUAGGACAGUUAAGUUGUACAGUACAUAUGCCAGCUUUACAAUGCAGUGCGUUAUAAUUGCAGAAGAUGCUCUGUUACAAUGUAGUAACAGUACUGUAUUAUUAUGACCAUUGUUUCAUGAAAUGAAACAGACUGGAAGAUAAUAUAAUAUUAUUACAGUGUACAUGUAGGUAAAAAUAAUAGGGGAGCAAAAUUCUUCUUUUUUUAGGUUAGGACACUAUUGCAAGAGCUUGUUCAAACAUCUGCAGAAAUUGGUAUGUAAUAAUUGAUAAUUCAGUUUGCUUGGUUCCCAUGGCUCUUAUAUGUUUCUAGAAUGAUAAGUUUUUUGGAUUAAUUGCCUAAUGUCACUUUGAUUAAUGAGUGGUAUUUCCCGAUGUGAAUCAAAGUGUUACGAUUUCUAUAACAACAUACAUUACCUGAAAAUCAAACAUGACUUUUACAUCAUAACUUUGGCUUUCUUUUUACGAUUUUCUUUGCCUUCCUUUCCCUUUGCAUUAAUUGCACACUUCUUUGUUCCCUCUUGAUGACCUUUUCUCACAAAUGUUGGUGAACAUAAAAACAUUCAUGUUGUAAAAGAAUAAGUCGGCAUUGAUGUUGGCGGAGAGACCAUGGCCUGGUUCCUGAAAGGCUGAUUAACGCUAAUCCAAGAUUAAAAAUUUUGUUUCAUUUUUGUCUUUACCUUCCUAUGCACUGCUUAGAGAAACAUUGUGUGUUAUCAUCACUGAAUUUCAGAGUAAAGACACAGAAGUAUUUUGUAAGCUCGAGUGACAUGUUCUUAGACAGGAAAACCUUGCUUGAAAUCUGGCUUAAUCCUGGGUUAAACUUAACCAUCUUUCGAGGAACCGGGCCCAUGACUAGUAUUUUCCUGUCCUUGUUGUGACUUGUUGGGUGUGUUUUUUCUGAAUGGCCCAUAACUAGUCAUAUUUGGAAGAUUUAUUCAACUAUAUUGACUGUAACAGCCAUCUUUCUUGUGAGCUAUUUGUACAUUAUAACAUACGUGUAACCACUGCUCGCCUUGACUAGCUAAUCUGCUAACUGCGGGCAGUGGAUAUUGCUUUCUGUAAAAUUUACAAUAAUUAAUAAACAGUUGAACAGUUUUCCAAGACAACAAAAAGUGAUGACAUUACUUGUACACUGUAAAUGGUACAGAAAUGGACCCUGAUUUUAUUUAAUAGAAUCAUGCUCCCAUGCAGUCCUGUGUGUUUUAAGUGCAUUAUUGGAGUUAACCAUAUAUUUUGUCUUUUUUUUGUCUGUCUAGUUGGCAAAGAUUCAUGUGGAGAGGCUGUGGAAAGUGCUUCAGUAUUCAUUUUUGUAACUUUAAAGGAGGCUGAUCACAUUGGAAAGAAUGAAAGUACAAAACUUAAGAAUUUUUUUGGAGCCUUCCCAGCUUCAUCAGCUACCAAGGCUUGUCACAUUGUCAACAGCUUAAUUUCACUUCUCUCUGAAAACUGCCUAGCCACUAUCAACAAAAGAAGUCAAGAAAAACAAGAGGAACCUGUUAAAGAAUUUGGAAGUGAUAUAAAAUUUUCACCAUUGCAAAAGAAAGACCUUUCACUUGAUGAGGCUUUGCUAUCUGAUUCUGAGGAUGAAGAUGUUUAUGUUAACAGUGGUUUUGCGUCAGUCAAGGAAGAACCUACUGUGUUAAGAGACAAACCAUCAAGUGAGGCAGCGUAUAGAAAGGAUGAUAUAAGUGGUUCGUGGCUGAGAGAUCAGUGUGAGAUGUAUUUUGCCGACAGCUCCAGUGGUGUUUCAGUCCUUGAUCUUUGUUCGGCAAUUUUUGACAUUCUUGCCUCUGAUAAAGAUAAUGCCGCCAUUCAGAAUGACUUGUUUGAACUUCUUGGUUUUGAUCGAUUUGAAUUUAUUCAAACUCUUUUGGCAGACAGACACAGAAUUGUCAUAGCAACGUCUGAAAGUGCAGGUGAUUUGAUAGAAAACCAAGGUAUGUUCACAGGGUGAAAAUGUUGCCUCUGCUUGUAGGCAUUUCAAUAUUAUCAAUGACUACACCCUACUGGAGAUUUUUCAACCUUCUCUGAUCAAUAAUUACAGAUCAUAACUUACCCACAGGCUACAACAUUUUCAAAAGUAAGAUCCUCAACAUUUGAUUCUCCCCUUUUGAAGCUGAUACUUUGACUUUGGGGAAACCAGGAUUUUUGCAGGAUCAUCACUGCAAAAAAUUUUGGAAAAAGACUUUACUUCUUGAGGAAAAAAAAAACAACAACCAUUUGAAUGUACAGUGAGCGACAGCACGUACAUACAGGUACAAAUGCAUGCAAUACUGUAAUGAGUUAUAAGAUAUUAGAUGACAUCCCAGAUACUGUCUUGGCAAUGAAACCACUCACUAAACAGCUCAUUUAGUAGAAUGCUGAAAUUUUUGUCAUUAUUGAACUGGGCCCAUACUAUAGUGAAAGGUAACAUGGCGACUGAGUAGAUUAACACCUUGAACUUCAGGUCUGUAGGUCUGGGGUCAAACCCUACCCAUUAGGUUGUUUCCUUUGAUGAAAAACUUUGCUCCACUGGUGACAAACGAGGACUGGUGGUUAAAAUUCUGCUGGGGGUAACCCUUCAGUGGUCUAGCAUCCCAUGCAGGAGGGAGUAGUGGUACUCCUAGGUGCUUUAUGCUACAGAAACUGGAAUCUUGGACCCGUUUCUUGAAAGUCACUGCAACUUUUCGGACCCAGAAUUUAAUACCGUGUGGCACGAAAUUUAUGCGGGAGUUUAUUUUUGCGGAUUAGCGAUUUUUUUUGUUUUGCGGGAACUAAUUUUUGCGAUUAGGGCAGAUUGGUUUUUCAGGCUGGGAAUUAAUUUUACCCUUUUCAGCAAGUACCCAGUACCCAGCGUUGACAUUAUUUUCGUUUUUAUUGAGCACAUACAAUAGAAAUGCAUAUUUUCAAACAAUACUACGGUGUGCGUCGAUAUUUCAUUGUAUACCGCUUUGUUUCUGAACGAAAGAGGCAAGACGUAAUUGAACAGACACGAUUUCUUAGUACUGCAUUUUUGUGUAGUGAAUUUAAGUUAGAGAAUAUUAAUUAAGUAAAUUUUUGUGGGAAAAAUAUUUGCGGUAAUUUUUAUUUGCGGGAACUUAUUUUUGCGGAUCGCUGAAAAAAACGCAAAACUCGCAAAAAUUAGAACCCCCAAAAAUUUCGUGCCACAUGGUAUUCAAAUCAAAAUCUUAAGAAUAAAAGGGCAGUCCUAGCUACGAAACCAGUCCAUUUUGUUUUGUUAGCUGAUAGUUUUAUCGUGUUAUCUGCAAAUCUAUUGAAACCUCAAUCUUGAAUGUAAUUUUUCGAAAUUUUGAUUUGUAUCACGUUUUAACUUAUACGUCAUUGCUUGUAUUAAUUCAACCGAACUUACAAACGAAUUCACAACGGAAGAUGAUCGUUGAACAAUCGAAACAUGUCUUGUUUUAAACUUAAAGUUGUUGUCCAUUUCUUAAAAACAACAACAGCUUUCCAGGCCGUUAAUUUCCGUGAUUUUUGGGAAACAGGGGCCCGUGUCUCGAAAGUCCCGAUAAUUAACGGGCCCGGUAAGCUGUCUCCGUUUACCUUAAAGAUCGAGGUUUCAAUAGUUUUGCAUCUAACAUGAUAAAACUGUCAGUUAAUGAAACUAAAUGGAGUAGUUUGCUAGCCAGGACCCGCGCUCUUAUUCUUUAUAUUUCGAUUUGAAUUUUUGAUUUCGGGCCCGUAAAGUUACCGGGACUUUCGAGAAACGGGCCCCAGGCCCCCACUCUGGCCGUGUGGGCCUCCUUCUCUUUUGUGCAUACUACCUUACCCCACUAAAGCUAACAAUAGAACAUUUCAAAUUUUCGGUAGGCAAAUCAUUUUUAAUGCAUGUUGCAAUGUCACGAGGCUGCUACUAAUGCAUUGUGAACAUCUUUGAUCAUACAUUGUACAUGUAACAUUAGACACUGACAUUGUUCAAUGUUUGUUGUCCACAUUAUAGGGAAUGGUAGAGUUAAGCCUCCAGGGCAGUCAAACAAACCAUCGUAUGGAUGUCAAGUAACUGUCCAGGUAACUACAAUUAUGUUUAGAUUUAAAGAAUCUCAUACAUUUACACUGUUAAGUUGGAGCACACUACACAACUAUUAUUCCUGGAGUUAAUAGAAUCAUCUUCAAGUUAUAUUUUAACGCAGUGAAAGAACUUGGCCAAUAUCUGUUCACGUUGAUCAUAACUCUGCAUAAUCAGGCGUUAAUGGGGGCACUCAGACGAGUUUCAGACUUUUAGUGAAGGUGAGGCAUGAGAGAGACGUAGAGAGGAGUCCACUUGCGUGUCUCGCGCUUCGCGCUCGAGCCCUCAGACCUGCCUGAGUGUCCCCAUUGGGACCCCCGCUAUUCAGGCUACUGUUGGGAACUCUCAGAUGAUUUUCGCUCUCCAGCAUUUCUUGUAGCGGGCGAAACGAGACAAAAGUGUAUCGAGUAACUUGCUUUUGAGCGGGGCUAACCUUCCUUUCGUUUUGUAAAAGCAUUUAUUUGAAAGUUGCUAGAGACUGACCACAUCUUUAAAGUUAAAGGAUGUUCCUUAGUUCUGUUGAAACGACCUCGACUGAAUUGAACAGACUCCAGAUUUGUAUCAAACCAACUUCAGUUUGUAUCGAAACGACCGGUUUCCACUGCUCCGUACUGUUAAUCUUCUUUAUUUACUACGCUUGUCAGUCUGAGCAAGAAAAGCAGUUGAUACGACAAGUAAGAAAAGAGGAACGGAAAGAGGAGAGACGUCAGGCCCGCCGAGACAGAAAUGCCGCAUCAGAUGAGCAAGAACUCGAUCAAGAAACCUAUCUCAGAGCUGUUGGUUUUGAUCCCGACUCCAUGAAAUUACAGAGGUAUACAGUUAUGUUGCUUUAUUUCGUUAGCAUUUUUCUCAAUACAAUGAAGUGCCAGGGGACUGGGAAAACUAUGUCGCUAUAAUGGGGGUAUGUUCUUUUGGGGAAUGGGGGAUUGCUUCAUUAGGCUGAUUAAGCAACAAAACGGGAACGUUAGUUUACGACGGGAAAGCGCGCGGAAAGGACUACACACGACUUCCGGUGCCCAAUUUGCCGCUCUGCUAUUGGUCAAAUCAUUUGUUUGAUUUGCACGCGCCGUCGUCAAGUGACCUUCCCGUUCUCUUGGCAAAUCAGCCUAUUUAAGUCUCUGGCCCCCAGGGUAUGGUGUGGGUGAUUUAGUUUCCUCUGUAGCAAAAGGAGUUUGCAUUUGAGCAAAAACAAUGGUCGGCGUGUGGGCCGCCAGAUUAGCUCGUAGUACUCCUUUACCUACUGCACUGGAAUACUUGGUGGCAUUAACUUUGUGUGUUUAUUUUUGCUGUUGUUUUCUUUUUUUUCUUUAGAGAGAUUGCUCUUCAGGCAGCAGCCACUGCGCCAUUAUUAUCACGACCAAAACGGAGCAUGCACUCAGGUCAUGUUUACCCGCACGUUUUUGAUGCUUUGGCUGAGACACAACGCGCUACAGCCUUCAUUUCAGACACCAAGGUAUUGCACGAUGCUCAUUAAUCCUUUCACUUCCAAUAUGCAUUUAAUAUUGGCCAAAAUAGAAAUCAAAAUCAUAAGGGAUGAAUAGCCCAAAGCAAAAGCAUUGCUGAAGAGUUUUCAUUUGAUUUAUCACACCAUACAUGUAGGACUAAUUCAUCCACAGACUCAAAAGUUAGAAGUACUUACUAAAUAAAUAGCACCAUGGGAAAGUACUACUGAAGAGAUUUCAUCUGAAUGGUCACACCAUAGGAUUUCAUUGACAGACUCAAAAGUUAGAGCUACAUACUAAAUAUAUAGUACCAUGUGAAAGUACUGCUGAAGAGGUUUCAUUUGAAUGGUCACACCAGAGGAUUUCAUUCACAAACUCAAAAGUUAGAACUACAUACUAAAUAUAUAGUACCAUGUGAAAGUACUGCUGAAGAGGUUUCAUUUGAAUGGUAACACCAUUGGAUUUCAUUCACAAACUCAAAAGUUAGAACUACAUACUAAAUAUAUAGUACCAUGUGAAAGUACUGCUGAAGAGGUUUCAUUUCAAUGGUAACAUCUUAAGAAUCACACGUUAUGCACACUGCCUUACGUCCAAGUAGGAAGCAAAAUAAGGACGAGAGUAGCCUUCGAGCAAGCUCUCUUAGGGGGGAGAGGAGGAGGGCGGAGGCACUCUGGGGCGGGUGGUAAAGAAGAGGAGAGCUAUUUCCAUUUUUUAACUGUUUCCCACCCCCAUUCUCUCAUCCUCGACCCAGAGAGCUCGCUGUUUAGGGCGGGAGCGGAAUACUUCAUAAAUAUAUUCAUAUCCAUCGACCCCUAAUUGUUGAAACUACAAUGAUUUUUUUUAUCAGUGUAUAAAGCGUCGAUCUGUACAAUAUUUGAGAGUUGCCUGCCUUUAAAUAAGCUUAUUAAUAAGCCUUUUACUUUGUUCCUUUCUGGACUGUCGCCCUCGCGUUUCUGGUCACCUCUCUAUUAAACUGUCUCGCCACCAACGAAAUCGCCACCUCUAUUCUUUCACUUUCGUUCAAUAAAUAUGUAGGGUUUAUUCUGGGAGAAAUAAUGAGCAAUGCAUAAACUAAGUAUAACUUACUAUAACAAUACGCACCAAUCCAGAGCUUGUGUUCCACUGCUGCGGCGGUACAUCUUGCCUUUCCCCGACUAGAACUUACAGGUAUGUUGAUGCAAGGAGUACUCUUAAAAUAUGAUUGGUGUAAGUGUGAAAUGCUUAUCCAAACCACGCGUACCCCUGAAGCAGUAAAAACUUUAAGGUUUAUCUUUGUUGAGUUAACUGGAUCAAAUGUUGUAAUUUAAGGUACUAUCUACAUGUAAUUCUGCUUUUUCUCUGACAGAUCGCCUUACCAGCGGACGCUAAACGUAAAAACACAAAAAUGUUUGAGGAGGUUGUCAUUCCACCUAACAACCCUGUGCCACCGAGGGAAGGCGAAACGCCAAUCCCUAUUUCGUCGUUGGAUGAGGUGGGUUGUACUUCGGUAUAGAUUUAAAUUUGCCGUACUGACGUGAACUUCUGAUUGGAUGACGCAGUUUUCCCACAAAGGCAUGACCAAUCAGUAGCGCUGCCCAGAUCUGGGUUGUGACACGUCAUCAGUAUGGAAUUUCCGCGCUCGUUCUUCAAACUUCAUUUCGCGGGGAACCCAGUGGUGGCGUCGCGAAAUAGUGGCUGUUUUCUUAGGCUAUGUACAGACUAAGAAGUUGCUUUUACCGUUUACUAUUGGUGUUUUAGUAUUCGACUACUUGACCAAUCUCAACAUUCAUUGUUUUUUAGAUUGGACGGAUGGGAUUCCAAGGCAUGAAGAAACUGAAUAGGAUCCAGUCAAUUGUGUUUGAUACAGCUUACAAUACUAAUGAAAAUCUUCUGAUUUCUGCUCCAACGGGAGCAGGCAAAACCAACAUUGCCAUGUUGACAAUCCUAAGAGAGAUUAAGCAGAAUAUUGAAGAAGGAGUCAUCAAGAAAGAUAAAUUUAAGGUAAAUGGUAAAUGGAUAGUCUAUGAGUAGUCACUUCUUUUCCUCAUGGAUAGUGCAAAGAGCGAAACACGCAAACCCACAUGAAAAUCUCCUCCAGUGUGGAGGUUGUCCACGAGAAGGAGAGAAAAUGAAAGACAUUUUCAUUCUUAUUUUCUCUCCUCCCUCUUGCAUCACCGAUCUCGCGGGUGGUGAUUUUCACUCUUGCUGCGGGAGUUGCUGGCAUAAUUCGCUCGCUCAACAAUCCUUAAGAAAAAUAAGGGACUACUGGUAGACUAGUAAAUCGAUGGAAAUGGUAAUUGUUAUGUUUAUAGUAUAAAUGCACAUAGCUGCUUCAGCUAACUCAUAGGCACUCGACUUGAAUAAUUUGGAUUAGGGGAGGAGUAGGUGGAUUCUAUGUUAAUGUACAUGUCUUCAUCUGAAGAAGAAAGAAAAAUUUAAGCAGUAAAAAAACUUAAAAUUAAUUAAAAAGAAAUUUCUGUAACAAAUAGUCCUUAACUGAUCUCUUAAAAGUCUCAUGAUGUUUUUAGUGAUUUAUCUAAGGAGUUCCAAAUCUUAGUUGCUCUGUAGAAAAAAGCAUCUUUGGCAGCAUGCAGUACGAUACUUGGUGAUGUUUAUAUCCGUACUGUUUUACAGCCUUUCGCUCCGCUGGGAACUAAACUCCAUUCUUCAUGUAAAUGAAAGGGUUUCAUUUAUCAUUUAUCAUUUUUGGCAACGUUCUGACCGCGUAGUCUUCAUCAGGCGAUAGUGUAGAAUCACUGAGUAGGACUAUUAGUACCACCGUGUUUCCUCGUGAUUGGUGUAUCACGAACCUCACUCAUGGUUGGCAGGUUUCCAUCCAAGGUGGAAACCGUUCCCUCAGCGGUCUGUGGUAUCGAUCGGCUGUUGUGAUGUCUGAUCGUACGCAUUCACGCUUCAUUCCACUGUCUCUGUUUAUGUUGUUAGGCUUAAGUAUUAUUUGAAUAGCCCCUUUAAUCCUAAUAGAGUACCAGUGAGGGUCUCGGUCAAUAAACUUAACCUCGUUGGGCGAGCUGCUCAGUCUAAACCCCCUGACAUUAUAUCGUUUGUUUGUUUGUUUAGAUCAUCUACGUAGCUCCCAUGAAAGCCCUUGCCGCUGAGAUGGUCCAAAACUUUGGCAAGCGGCUGUCUUCUCUGGGAAUCGCAGUCCGUGAACUCACUGGAGAUAUGCAACUCACAAAAGCUGAGAUCCUCAAGACUCAGGUAACAUACUCCCUUUCAUUCAAGGGUAGUGCAAUAGAUUUGUUAGUUCUAAACGCAAAUUGCUUAAGAAUGCCCAAAACUAGUUACAAAUUGAAAAGCCAAAGACAAAGGAAAUCAUUCAUCGUGAUGUGUUUGGGUAUCUAACACCUUGUAGUUAAUCUAAAAAUGAGUUGUAUUUCAGCUCUUUUCGUCUUCUGUUCGCCAAAAAUUCAUUGGAUCAGUAAGGUCUCUUACUGAUGACUUGUAGAAGGAGGCAAGACUCUAAUAAAUGAAAUAUUUACUAAACAAGGACGUCAAGAAGAGGAUAACGUGUAAGCCAGGUUUUAAAUCUUAAUUGCUCUCUUUCUGUCCACAGAUGUUGGUAACCACGCCUGAAAAAUGGGACGUGGUGACGCGUAAGAGCACGGGGGACGUGGCACUAGCGCAGCUUGUGAAAUUGUUGAUUAUUGAUGAGGUGCAUCUGUUGCAUGAUGACAGAGGUUCAGUGAUCGAGUGUUUAGUUGCGAGGACCCUUCGACAGGUGAACUUACUUCAUCAUUUUUUCACUGUUCAGAAAGAACCUUGCUGCAUGCUUUAGAGUAUACUGUGGUCGUGUCUUCCUCUAAAGUUUAUUAAAAGCUCAAAACUUAAGGUUUUAUAAUUAAAAGCAAAUCUAGCAACACUGCCUUAAAGUAAAAGUCAGGAGUUAUACUGCAAGGACCAGACUAGCUAGGUUUACUUCCCACCACUACCAGUCAGUAACGGUAAACCUGAGUUAUUUUCUCUUACUAGGCUCUAUGCUCUCUCGGGGAUCUUGCCAUUUUUUAUGUAGAUUUUUCUGUAGUCCUGAUGUUAAUUCAUGGUCAAUCCCACGCUUGUCAGUAGCCUUGCGACUGGUUACCUUUUUCUAAUUCGGGUCAUGGAGUGCCUGUAAACUAGCUAGUCGGAGAAGCUAACUGCUCCUCUACUUCUUUUUAGUACUAACCAUGGUAGGCCCUCUGCAGCUAAGGGUAACGUGCGAUCUACUGUGGCUCAUGCCAAAUUUUGGGAUAACAGAGACAGAAACGUCUAAACCCUUAAGGUCCCUUAAUGAUACAAUUUUAUUGUGGUUUGAGUAACGGAGAAAACACUAUAUCUAUCAAUGGAAAAAUUCUUGGACUACAUGCCUUGCGGUCCAGCAAGUUUUCCAUACAACCCCCUACAAUUUUUCAUACUUUGAAAUACUCAUUUCUUAGUAUUUUGCAAUUUUCUCGUGCUUGUUUCAUCUCGUCACCUCAAUUUUCGCAUUAAGCAGGUCACGCGACUGCAGGAUGCUAAGUUUCUUUUAAGCAUUAUCAGUUAUUGCCACGUCUUACUAUUGAACUCAGUUGCGUUACUUUGUGUCCACACAGGUGGAGUCAUCUCAAAGCAUGAUCCGUAUCGUUGGUUUGUCCGCGACUCUGCCAAACUACAUUGACGUAGCAAACUUUCUUCGGGUCAACCCUUAUGAGGGUCUAUUUUUCUUUGACGGGCGUUUUCGUCCCGUCCCGCUCGGGCAGACCUUUAUCGGGAUCAAGAGCGCGGGUCACGUCAAACAGCUGCAUGACAUGGAUACAGUUUGCUAUGAGAAGGUCUUGGACAAUGUGCAACAGGGACACCAGGUAAGAAAUAGUUUACAUUGACCAAGGAAAUUUGGUCAUAUGAAACAGGCUUACCAGUUGAAGACAAGAAACGUUGAAGCGUCUUCUACAAGAAAACAAUUUUUGUGAUGACAGGUUAAGCAAUAGUAUAAUUCAUUGAGUGUUGGACUGUGAAAUUUUAGGCGACAUGUUAAUUUCUUUUUUUUAAUUGCCAGGUGAUGGUUUUUGUGCAUGCGCGAAAUGCCACCGUCAAAACAGCGCUGACAUUACGAGAAAUGGCAAACAAUCAGGGAGACGCUACGCUUUUCCGGGCUGAGCCGAGUCCAGAGUAUGGAGCGGCUGAAAAACAGGUAUUUAAUAAACUAACUAUGUGCGCGCUCGUUUGGUACUAUCUCACAGUUGUUAUUCAAAGGUUUUUAUACUUUCUACGGCUCCGUUCGAAAAGAAACACAGUUAUGUCUUAUCUGAGUAUUUUCGAAGACAUAUUUGUUAACUCGCAUGACGUGGCUGGAAAGGUUUCUCAGAGCCCACCUACGUCAGUCUAAUGGGAAAAAAGAAAUUGUUGAGUGUGUUGAGAAGGUCAAGCCUUGGUCCCAGUUUUAUCAGACAUUAAUCAACUGAUUGUAAACUCGGGAUCUCGUUACCGGGCUGGAAACAUUCACAUAUGAGCUGAAUGUAUCAGUAUGUUACUGGGAUAGAAAAUGUUCAAAUACGAAUGUCUUUUCAUUGAAAGGGGACAAGUUUAUCAUCAUUAUUCACGAAGGCCAAUUUUUUAUUACCUUAUUGUCACAAAUUAUCUGGUUAUUGAAUUUCUCGGUGUUGCGGUGUUACUGUGGAUGCUAUCCGUGUGUUUUUAAACUCUUGUUAAAGUGGAGUGAUAUGAAAUUUUCUCAUAUUAAUCGAUCUGGGUUAGGGUUUCGUCGUGCUAGCCGUUUUUAGUGUCGCGUUCCGUCACGACAGUAAAAACGUUCGUUCGCCAGGUUAGUAGGGUUAAGGGAUGCCCAUAUUAGGGUUUUGAGAAUGGAUGCGCGAAGGGGAUCUCACGAACUGUUAGCGGUGGGUGCAAUCAUCAAAUGACGAAAUACAAAAAAUUGUAAAGACACUGAACAACAUUCACACCACUAAACACAAAAGAGAACCAAGACCAAGAAACACCCGGAUAUUGAAUGAGAAAUAGUUAAUUCCUCCGUGGAUGCUAUCACUCACACAAUGUCAUCCUGGACGGAGCUGAAAUUUUCCAUAUAAAUACAAUCGACUUUAAAAUUCGUCGUGCUAACCGAGCAAUCCGGUCCGUCAAAACGUUAAGGAUAAGGAUAAUUUGGAUAAUUUAUUAAAUGUCGAGUGGUUUCUCAAUCUUUCGAGCGACAGGCUCAUGUUAAAAAUGUUCGACAAUACAAAACAAAAUAACGUUGAAUCAUGCAUAAAAAGUUCUAGCCUGCGUAGCCAGUGGGAUUGCUCAUCGUUUUCGCUUUGAUUGGUCAACGGACCGACUUACAUCAUGCUAUUGACUUCUUUGCUCAUCGGUAAUGGGUGUAAUUCACAGGUGAUGAGAUCAAGGAACAAACAGCUGCGCGAGCUGUUUCCAGACGGAUUCAGUAUUCAUCAUGCUGGCAUGCUGAGACAGGACCGCACCAUGGUGGAACAACUUUUUUCUCGAGGCCUGAUCCGUGUACUAGUCUGCACUGCUACCCUGGCCUGGGGUGUCAAUCUGCCUGCUCACGCUGUGGUCAUCAAGGUCAGAUAGUCAUGUCAUGAGACACUAUAACAGUCAUAGUGAACACGAGAAAAAUUAUCGCAGUUAUCUACAGUGUAGGCAGAUUAAGCGGUUGCGGAAAGAGAAGCUAAAAUAAAACAAGCUUGGAUGGUAUUGGAACCCAUGAUUUUUGCAAUAUCGGGUUCACCGGGAGCGGUUCAAUGGUUGGACGUCACGCCUUUGACCCCUUUCAGCCCUAUCAUUUUGCGCACCCCAUUCUCCCCACAUUUUAUACCAUUAUAAGUUGUUGAGACAAUUUGUUUUUCAUUUUGAAUUCGCCUUUUCUCAUGGCCUUCAUGUUUAUUAUGCUCUGCUAUUGUAAGGAGAAAUUAGAUGUUGGUCACGUCAGGUCACGAAGGCGUCUGCAGCAGCUCGUAAAGGUUCUUGUAGGAGCCACGUUAAACUGUGUUCGUUCGUUCGGUUGUUGUUGUUGUUGCUUUUUAUGCUCUGUUAUUGUAAGGAGAAAUUGGAUGUUGAUCACCUCAUGUGACGAAAGGGUCCGCAGCAGCUGCUCAAGGUUCUUGCAGGAACCAGGUUAAAAUGUGUUGUGUUCGUUCGUUCGUUCUUUUGUUCGGUAGUUGUUGUUGUUGUUGCUGUUUUUUUUUUUUGCUUUGCUGCCUGUCUUCUUGAGAUAGUUACAGCGUCAUUUGAUUGCAACGCCUUGCUAAGUUGAACUCAGUUAAUUAAUUUUUUGUAUAAAAGAGUGUGGAUUCGGAAUUUUUUUUUGAAAAAAAUAGCCUGAGUUACAGCCGGCCCACGCACUCGUCUAAACCGUUACAGAAGGUUUAGAGCGCCUGCGACGCAGGCAAUAAAAGAAGGACACCCCUAAAAAAGCCAUUUCUGGUUUUAAGGAAAACCUACGUUUAUUGCAGUGCUAGUCAUUAGAAUUUAACUACACUGCCAUCCUCGGAGACCCAGGGGCAGAUAGUGGGAGCGAGGGAAAGUCUAAACGGGCAGAAAAACACAAAAGUUUUCUGGCACCAAUCAGAAGUCAGAACGGCGGCGACCGUUUGGAACUGGUCUGGUAAGACAUUGUCCCCAGGGGCGCUUCUCGCCGUUCUUUACUUUUCUUCGUGCCAUAUUUUUCCGCCCGUUUAGACUUUCCGUCACCCCCACUAUCUGCCCCUGGGUCUCCGAGGAUGCUACACUGCAAGCAGAGGUUCUCUCUUGCAAAACUUUUAGCGUUUACGAAAUCGUUCGCGUCGCUUGUCAGUCGAGUUACUAACUACGCCACUGACAAGUCACGCAAACGACUUCGUAAACGCAAAAAGCCAUGCAAGAGAGAAACCUCUGCUCGCAGGGUAGGAUUUAACUCUUCAGUAAUCUCUUUUAAAAUGCCCUCAUAUAUUCUUUUGCAACUUUAGGGUACACAAGUAUACGAUGCUAAAAAAGGCUCUUUUGUCGAUAUCGGCAUCUUGGAUGUGCUGCAAAUCUUCGGUCGAGCAGGCCGGCCUCAAUUUGAUAAACAAGGCGAAGGAAUUAUUAUUACUUCUCAUGACAAACUCAGUCACUACCUUUCGCUUCUUACAAGGCAAUCACCGAUCGAGAGUCAAUUCAUUUCCAGUCUUACCGAUAGUUUAAACGCUGAGGUGAGCAGAUUUUACUUUUACUUUAAUGGGCUAUGUAAUUAGGAUAUUGCUGCUUUAUGUCAUCACUUCCGUUUCGGAAAUUAGUCACCGUAUUUAUUUGAUUAAGCGCCCAACCUCAAAUCAGCGUCCACCUCGAAUAAGCGCCCAUCCUACUGGGAGGAAAAUUUUACAAGCGCCCAGCCUCGAAUAAGCGCCCACCCCCACCCACAACCUAAAACUUGAAAAAAAUAGCCCUGUUUGUUCAAGUUUCAAUUCAUGUCGAUCCUUGCCAACUAUAGCUACAGACGACAUGCAGGAAAAAGUUCAGUGCCUAAAUAUAGUCCUAAGUAACAAACCUGGACCAUUAUUUGUGGAAUUUCUUUGAUGCGAAGACAAGUUUUAGCUUUUUUUAAAAAGACAGCAAGUUGUGUGACAUAGCAUUUUAAAGCUUUUUUAAGCUUUCAGGGGCUCAUUGCAUCACAUGAGCCGGGCUCACUUUGCCAGGGUGACGUUUCACUCCAAGGUGCGUGAGCUGAGUGUUUCCCGCCUUCCUUGUACUGGUUUGUUUCACUAAGCUGGCCCGGCUAGCGUGAUAGCAUAGAAAAUUUUCAGAACAUCUUGCCGGGAUCCUGGCUAGCUGGGCGUAAACUUUACGCGCGUAAAUAAAAUAGAGACGUCGAUGUAAGGAGUGAACUUAUAAGUUGAGCGUGGUUUAACUUUUACGUUUACGCGUAACCUUCCAUACAUUACCUCGACAGUGGAUACCCACCCUUACUGUGAAUUGCGCUUAACUGGCUUGUUUCUUGCCAUUAGAUCGCUCUUGGAACAGUAACCAAUGUCGAUGAAGCUGUAGAAUGGUUGAGUUACACCUACCUUUAUCUGCGAAUGAGGCUCAAUCCACUGGUUUACGGCAUCCCAUAUGGAACAAAAGAGGUUUGUGUCGGACGUCAAUAGCAAAAACUUUACUUGAACGAAGCGAAUUUUUUUUAAAAAAACUUCGUUGCUCUUAUUUGAUCUCGUUCGAUUUGUGAAACGUACGCAAUUGUUGUGGAGUUGAAAUCUUAAGUUCAGAAAAAUAAAAGACCAAGAAAGUCGUUGUUUAGGAUUUAAUUUCAGGCGCGUUACUGGAAAAAGUUGAUUUCUUAUUGACAUCAUGAGUGAUAUAUUACGCUAACAGUGAAUCCUGAGUUUCUGACGUGUUUAUCACAUCGAGAACUUCAUUCACUUCUCUUGAAUUUUUUGAGAAAAUACCCGAAGGAAUGCUUUUUUUUCUGUUAAAAAUUGUGCUUUUUCGCGUGCUUAGGAAUGCUUACCAUAAGUCAGAACUGGCUGGUUGGACUAAGGCUUUUUGAAAAAUGAAUUGAACAUUUUUUGAGACUUUGUGCGAGAAACUUAUCUCUGCCGUACACACGUGUUAGUAAUAGACUUCUGAUCUGGCUGGAAAAUUCUGAUUAAAAGUGGAAUUCUCUCAGCGAGUAGAUUGAUCUUAAGCCAGCUCUGACAGAUGUACACGCUGUAGGUUUUGUACGUCGUGUUUUCAUUCCCUGACAUGACAUCUUUAAUGGACGCCUUCUUGACACUGAUAUUAUGCGAAACGUUGACAUAGCAAUUUUGCAACUUCACACGUGAAAUUAUGAAUUAACAAUGAAAUUUCAAGUCAAAAUUAGGAAGUAAUUUAACACUUGUACUUAAAGCGACUUAUAAAAGCCUUCACUUCCCCUCACUGAGGUAGUAAAAAGCUACAAAAUUUAUGUCAUUUUUAACGUGCGUUUUACAUAGGAAGAUCCCUUUUUGCAUCAGCAUCGGCGAGACCUGAUCACAAACGCAGCGCGUCAUUUGGACAAAGCAAAGAUGAUCCGGUUUGAUCAACGAACCGGCUACCUUUACUCAACAGACCUCGGAAGAACCGCCAGUCACUUUUACAUCAAGUACGAUACUAUAGAGGUGAGUAUAAAACACAAAUCUAUAGGAACCUCCGCUAUUGUAUUUGCCGUCUAUACGUGAAUCCCCCAUAGUACACUCUGUUUCCCAGUGUUUUUGGAAGGGCUGCGUAUUCCAAAGAGCAUUUGAAAAAUAUAGCGUAUGCAGAAUUUGUGGGGCAAACAGUGUCCAUGUAGUAUGUGGGAUUCGAAAAUGGUCAAUUUGCCACUUGCACAUCUCCCAUGAUGCACCUUGUUUCCCCUCAAAAAAUUUUGCAUAAGCAGAGUUUUCAAUUUCUCUUGGGACGACUUUAAUACCCAGGGCCCAGUUGUUUGAAGGCCGAUUAGCGCUAACCCGGGGUUAAAUUUUAAUCUGGUAUCGUUUUAUUCUUUUUAGAGCAUCCAAUCAUCAAAUUGUAGACAAAGUGAAUUAAACUUAAUUAGCUUGAAAGUCUUCUAAUUUGGAUUCAAGUUUCGCACUAACCCUGGCUUAUCUUAACCCAGCUUUGAACAACCCGGCCUAGAAAAAUGAAAACAAACAAACAAACAAAGCAAAGGUUAUCUGGUUAUACCGCAUUUCUUAUUUCUUUCUUUCCGUCUUUUCUUUUUUUUCUUUUGGCGGCUCGGAAUAUAACAACCUUAAUGAAUCUUUUUUUGUGUCUUGUCUUUAGGUGUUUAAUGAAAUGUUCAAAACUCAUAUGCCUGAACCUGAAGUGCUGGCCAUGCUAUCUCACUCACAAGAGUUUGAACAAGUCAAGGUGAGUCUGUUUGAAUGUGCUAUUCUGAUCGUUUUCAUUAAUAGUGGCGGUUAAUUUCAGUUUAAGAGUCUUUCUUGCUUGUGGCGGGGUCAAGAGAAACUUCAGAAAACAAGGCACCUUGCUGGAGUAAUAAGGACACUAAAUAGCAGUUUGAAUGGUGUCACGGUUGAAACUUAAGAUUUUUAAAUCAAAUCAUAUUACGUAUUUCUCUGGCACUUAGCAAACACUCAGAAACAAACUAUUUAGCCGCGCGGCAUAUAUACCUGAUUGAAAAAACGUUGUCACUAAAAAGUGUAAACCAUGAACGAUGAGGUUUCAAGGAUUUAUGGGUAUACAUUAGCAAAGCAAAUUCAAAGUUCUUUCGACAAAAGUUUACAUUGUCACGAGAUGCUCAUGCGGAUGCAAAUCCCUAGAGUACUUUGUUUAAGGCAUGCUGUUGUCGUUUUUUCUUUUCCAAGAACGCUUUUAGGUCUUAUCUUAUGAUUUUCAAGUUUGCGUUAGCGAUAUGGCUACGCUCUUUAACUGUAAAAAUCUCUUAUGUGUCCAGCACUGGUGAAGUUGUGAGCCGUAAAUACUGGAAACCGUUUUACGUUUUUUGGAAUGCGUCGUCGCGAAAAGCUUCGUAGAUGUAAACAUUUUUGAGAAGAACUUUAAAUUUGCAAUGCUAAUAAAGUUCUACCCAUAAAUCCAUUAGGCCCCAUCGUUCAUGGUUUAUACUUUUCAAGCGACAACGUUUUUUCAAUCAGCUGUAAUUGUAACCUUUAUUAAGCGGCCGCUGUUAUGUUUUUUUUUAAUUCAGGUCUCAUCGAGUUAUAUUUACCUUAAUUGUCCCUUUCCCCAGCGGCCAGUCAUUAAAGGAUUUGUUAUGUAGCGCACGAAGAACUGCGGCUACAAAUUUCGAGAUUAACCCUCAGGAAUCAGUCAAAAUUUACGAGGAACAUUACACUGUUACCCUCUUACGUCAUAGAUUUUGCAGUUUGCCCACUCAGGAACUUUUGGCGGGAAACAGUCUAUGCCACGUGACUUAAAAGUAACUAAAAUUGAGAGGGCGUGCUGUUGGGGAAAAGAAAUUCCAACCAUGUAGUAGGGUUGUUUGACUGUAACAUGAAUUCCCUUAUUUGAUGACCGUUCAUUGAUCACUUGUUUUAUGACAGGUCCGUGAAGAUGAGAUACCAGAGCUUGAGACUCACUUGGCAGAGCACUGCCCUCUUCACGUCAAGGGAGGAGUGGAGAAUAGUUAUGGCAAAAUCAACAUCCUUUUGCAGACUUUCAUCUCCAAAGGAUUCGUUGAUAGCUUCUCACUGGUGUCAGAUUUGGGUUACGUCGCUCAGGUAUAGAACGCUUACCGCAGUACUUGCGUUUUGUAAGUAAUUUUCAACCAUUUUUAUAAGUUAUUCGCUGCGAAUAACAGUUUUGGAUUAGUUGUUUGGAUUAUUAGCAAUGUUAGAAAAGACCAUGCCUUAAAAACAUUCGUAAAUGUCAUGAAGGUAAAAUAAUCUUUCCACACUGACACUGGAUAAAAAAAAGAGAAACUAGAUAAUUAUAAGCUCAUAUGGAGUGACUUACUUUGCUGCUUUCUUUGUUUCUUUAUCUUUUGGCUGAUUGAAACUAACAUAGAGCUUCCUAUUCUUGCGGUCCUUUGGUUCACAGUCCUCUGGUUUCGACUCUGCUUGCGUCUUUGUUUUGUUAGAAAAGACCAUGCCUAAAAAACAUUCGUAAACGUCAUGAAGGUAAAAUAAUCUUUCCACACUGGUUCAAAAAAAGAAACAAGAUAAUUAUAAGCUCAUUUUUGACAUAUGGAUAAGUCGAUGCGAAGUGACUUACAUUGCUGCUUUGUUUGUUUCUUUAUUUUUUGGCUGAUUGAAACUAAGAUAGAGCCUCUUAUCCUAGCGGCCUUUUGGUUCACAGUCCUCUGCUUGUGCCUUUGUUUUUGUAACAUCUUAGUUCAGUUUACAUUUCUACUGUUUUUGUCUUGCCUUUAGAAUGCUGCCCGCCUCAUGAGAGGGCUGUUUGAAAUAGCUCUCCACAAGGGUUGGCCGACCAUGGCAUACAGGCUGCUGGGCUUGUGUAAAAUGCUUGACAAACGACUGUGGGGAUUUGAAAAUCCUUUGCGCCAGUUUACUAUUUUGAAGAAUGAGACACUUGUUAAACUGGAAGAGAGAAGAGCGACCGUUGAUCGGUUGAGAGAUAUGACUGCUGAUGAAAUUGGUAUGUUUUUGUGGCCUUUACAAUUUUAACUCGUACCCGGGAUGAGUAGUUCCUAGUGACCUUAAAAUACACCGUCUCAGCCUAUGGGUACGGGUAAGUGAACAUGUUUACCUCGUAGUUUUAUAAAAGGCAACCAUUUUUUCCCAGAUGUGAUAAUGGCGUAACCAUUCUACCUGGUAGUUUCUCCCGGGUUAGAGGCAGUUUACCCGUAUUUACGUUCUACGGUACGGCUAAUUUACCCGUACGCAGAAACGGUGUACCUUAAGGUCUCUACUAUGAACCUUUUAUGCCGCUCCUUAGACAAUGGAGAAAACAACAGAAACUUAAGCGUUCCUGGUAUUGCUAGUAACGCAAACGAAAACUUACUGAAACAACUGGAGAAUUAAUUGCCGUUCCAAGCUUGCAACUCGGAAGGUUAGUCCCGAAACUACACCGCCAUGACUCUUGCAAAUUGCCAGCUGCUUUGCUUUCUGUGAAUUGGCAUUUUAAACCUUGUUAUGUUUCAUUUAUUGGUCCCAGUAGUCACUGAGCUAUGAACACUGCUGCGAGUGAAGGUUAUUUGUUAGUUAAAUAUUUAUUGUUCCGUUAUAACAGCUGGCUAAAAUCUUUAUGAGCUGUUUUCCUUCUGUCUGUUUUGCUUGUCUGCGACUUUUAGGUCACAUGAUCAGACAUCCGCGCAUGGGCCCCACAGUCAAGAACUGUGUUGAACAGAUUCCAGCAAUCUCAUUGGCUUCCAGCAUUCAGCCAAUCACAAGAACUGUUCUGCGGGUACGGCUAACAAUCAAGCCUGAAUUCAAGUGGAAUGACAAGGUUCAUGGAUGCACAUCAGAACCGUGGUGGAUCUGGGUCGAGGAUCCGGACAACAAUCAUAUUUAUCACUCCGAGUACUUUCUGCUUCACAAAAAACAGGUUUGCGAGAAAAAGAGUUUUGCUACUUUAAAAGUGACUUGUUCACUGUAUAUAUCGCUACAGAAACAGGUUGCUUCGAUUGAAACCGGUUUGACCCGAAAAAGCAAUGGUUUAUUACUCUGUAGAAAGUAGGUAGGGUGUUCAUAUAUCAAUCGAACCUGUAUUUAGUGGUCAGUUAUUAGAGUCCCGGUGGACAAAACUGUCAGUAAACCACUGUAAAUAGAACCUUAUUAAGUGACCACUUGUCGCUUCCUCGGCGAGUCUUUCCGCGUUGGAAGGUUCCUACAGUUAUUGUAAAAGCGUUUGUGUUAAGUGUAGAGAGCGGUUUGUUUGACCACACUGGUGUGUUCCACUACAGAAACAGAUGUUUCUACUCCAAAAGGGCAGAUUAAAUUUUAUUUGCGUUUUUCAUGAGCCUUCUUCAUCCUUCUUUAUCUGUUCCACUCACUCUCUUUUGUCAGGUUUUAGCUGAAGAAGAGCAGACGCUGGUGUUCACGAUUCCAAUCUUUGAGCCACUUCCUUCACAGUAUUACGUGCGUGGCGUUUCUGACAGGUGGUUAGGAUCGGAAGUGGUGUGCGCCUUGUCAUUUAAACACCUCAUAUUGCCUGAGAAACACCCUCCUCACACUGAGCUGCUGGAUCUACAGCCUUUACCGAUAACCGCGCUGAAAUGCGAGGACUACGAGCUACUUUAUCGGUGAGUGUGGAUGUUGAGUCUUACUAUUUACGGAGCCAUGGAGCGUUUUACUGUUGUUGUCGUUAUGAAGACGAUUCUUGUUUGAGAUGUGAAAUUGUUUUUGAUUAUCGAAGCCAUUGCUUCAUAAGGCGUCUGGGUCUCUGACGAACUGCUGUUGCUACUUUGGAAGUAUGCAUCUGUGGUCCGGUUUUAUCUCUGCCGUUGGAUCACUGAAAACGAGAAAUAUAUGUUGUAAAUUGUAAUUUUUUGUAAUUGUUUGUAAAUUGUAAUUUGUUUACCCACGGAGCACUAAGGAGUUCACAAGAACUCGUUGAAACGUGUCCGUGCGUUCAGAUCGAAUUGGAAUUUGAAAGUGUUGGUUUUUAAGGAGAGGGGAUAACCGGAGUACCCGGAGAAAAACCUCUCCAAGGAAGGGAGAGAACCAACAACAAACUCAACCCACAUACGGCGUCGAUGCCAGGAUUCGAACCCGGGCCACAUUAGUGGGAGGCGAGUGCUCUCACCACUGCGCCACCCUUGCUGGUGAAUAAUAUAUUACAACAAAAAACGAGAAAUAUAUGUUGUAAAAUAUUACAACAAAAAAACGGGUCUUUUUGCAAGAUCACCAGUGAUGAAAGUGCAUGGAAGUUGGGAGGGGUGUGCCUUGAAAUGGGCGUACUUCAUAUAAGCAGAGGGAUAGGGGUGGGGGUAAAGAUGCUACUCGAUGCUGCAUUUUGUAAAAACGUUCUUCUAGCAUUGUGCCUGCUUUCACGAAUCAUAACAGGCUUGGCAGUAGGUUGUUUACGUUUCAAUUCAGCAAUUUUAUUUUGAAUUAUUUUGUUUUUUGUUUUUUAUUUAUCGUGCCUUAGGUUCACGCAUUUUAAUCCAGUCCAGACGCAAAUAUUUCACACGGUGUAUCACACAGAUCAUAACGUGUUGCUUGGAGCCCCGACAGGAUCUGGCAAAACACUGGCUGCUGAGCUGGCCAUAUUCCGCAUCUUUAAUGUCUAUCCGGGAACUAAGGUACGUUGCACAUUCCGUCAGUUCCUGAAUACAAGAGCUCAGAGACACAGAAAAUGCGAGAAAUAUGACGACACGACAUGUGGUGGCUCAUUAGAAUAAACGAGUUAAAGCUGAAAUAGGAAAUAAAAGAUAAAAGACUUUACUAAGGGGUUUGAAAUUUGUUUAAAUCUGAUGCCUUUCCAAUUUCUACAAUUUUCGGAUCAAUUUCCACCUACCUCUUCCCUAAGUCAGCAAUAACACUUGUUUCCCACUUAGGGCAAAAUGUUGGGUUAGGGGAGGGGUAGGUGGGCAGUUUCCCAGAAACGUAAAUGGAUCCCAAUUUUCUACAGUUUCUGAGGAAGAUCAUAAUUGAUUUCUCUCAUAAAUUAGCAACUCUUAUAAAUAUCGCAGCCAAUGUGAAGCUUUUAAUACCUGUUCUCUGUAAAAAUGUUGAAAAAGAAUGUCUUCUUUGUGUUAAUUGUUGUGUUUAAAAGUUUUUUUUCUAUUGCAGGCCGUGUAUAUUGCGCCACUGAAAGCUCUUGUUCGCGAAAGAAUGGAUGAUUGGAAAGUUCGCUUUGAGCAGAAAUUAGGGAGAAGGUAUUAUUUUUAAAAGCAAAAUUGAUUGUGUCGUUAUGGUAAAAGUGUAUUCCCAAAUUUUAUUAGUGAUGUGAAGUAGUAGCGUCAAAAUCGAACGAAACUUAUCAUGAGCUGGCUUUUCCUACCACUACAGUGUCGUGGAGUUAACCGGAGAUGUGACCCCUGACAUGCGCGCCAUCGCUAAAGCAGAUGUGAUCGUGACCACCCCGGAGAAAUGGGACGGUAUCAGUCGAAGUUGGCAGACUCGUAAUUACGUCAAGGCGGUGUCCCUGCUGGUAAUUGACGAGAUUCACUUGCUGGGGGAGGAGAGAGGACCGGUUCUGGAGGUCAUCGUUUCGCGGACAAAUUUUAUCUCUUCACACACCGAGAAGACAGUUCGAGUGAUCGGUUUGUCUACAGCUUUAGCUAAUGCCUCAGAUCUUGCGGACUGGCUCGGAAUCGCUCAGGUAACUGAUGAAUAGAAUUGGAAAAAGUAGUUUGGUACUUUCAUAUAAGAAUCGGCCAGCAUUCAUUUUAACAGAAAGGGAGGUAGGUGGUUAGGUAGGUAGGUCGGUCGGUAAGUAAGCGAUUUCGAGACAAUUCCGCCCCCCCCCCCCAAAAAAUUAUUCAAGGGAAACUUGUCUGAAAAAAAAUUUCCUGCCAGCAGUGACUGAAAGAAGAAUUCAUGCAGAGCCAGAGAAAAAAAUAUUGCAGACGAGUGAGCUGAAAAAAAUUCGUGCGCUGAAAAAUUUUCACCACCCCCCUCCCCCCUUUGGUUAUUUCUAAUGGUCCACCCCUAGGUAAAACUUUCUUUGAAAAAAUAAACUAAAAUUAAAAAAUAAUGAUAGUGAUAAUAAAAAUGCAUGUGGGAGUCCGGUAAGUUGGAUACCCGUUUGAUGUUUUGCUCAAGCUGUCAAAUAGAACUGGGUGGCUUCCUUUCAUUCUUGGUCAGCAACAAACCAACGCAUUGGCUCCUGCUGAUCAAAAGCGGUUGGUUAGUUAUGUUAAGCCCCCUUCUUGUAGCUCUCUCUAAUAUUCAAGUUCUUCCACUGCUAGCGACCCUUGAUAAACUCCAGUUACUGCCUACCUCUUGAGGCGUCUCCAUGCAGUGAUUGUUUUAGUUACACUGGGUGUAAUAGCGUGUAGGCUCUUAGAAAGAGAGUAUCGCACUUUACUUUGCGAUGCCUGCUCUAAGUUACUUCCGAUGUCUUUAUAUUUGACAGGCUGGUAUGUUUAACUUCCGGCCGUCAGUUCGCCCCGUCCCACUAGAAGUCCACAUAUCUGGUUAUCCCGGCAAACACUACUGUCCACGAAUGGCAACAAUGAAUAAGCCUACUUUCGCCGCUAUUCGUACCCACUCCCCUACCAAACCUGUGCUCGUGUUUGUGUCGUCGAGGCGGCAGACUCGCCUUACAGCGCUGGAGCUAAUUUCUUUCUUGGCGUCCGAGGAUGAUCCUAAACAAUGGCUGCACAUGCCUGAAACUGAGGUACUGCUACGUUUCCCCAACGUUAGUUCUUGAUAUCAAAUGAAUAAUUACAUUCUAAUGGUAGUUAACGGAUGCUUAAUUAUAUUUUUUCAUGCCCUUUGUGUAAAGAAAGAUGGUAAAUUUUACUGUGAAGCUCGGUAAAUGUAUGUGGAAGAUGUGAUUGUCAACAUGUCACAAGCGUAGAACAAAGAAAAACGCUUACGAGCUCCUUGCAAAUUUACUGUAGAGAACCAAGAGAUUUUGUUCGAGAAUGGGCAGGAUAAAGAAAUGUGGUCAAAGCAUUCAGUCGCGUUUUUGCGGCUGAUUGUGCCUAACUUUUUUGCCCUUAUUUCUGUUUUAGAUGGAUUCUUUGAUACAAACAGUAAAGGAUAAUAAUCUAAAGCUGACUUUGUCGUUCGGCAUUGCACUCCAUCACGCGGGUCUACACGAGAGAGACAGAAAAAUCGCCGAGGAACUGUUUGUUAAUCAGAAAGUUCAGGUAAACUCACCGUUUAGAUAUUUAUUUACUUAUUUAUUCUAUGUCUGACCAAUCAAUGUAAACAUGGAUAUAUACCGAAGUGCUAAUCUAUCGGGAGCCUUUGGGUGUUCGCGGCAAGUGCAAGAAACCGGAUAGCCUGAGUAUCAGGCCUUCCUAAGGGGCUAGGGGAGAGGAGAUUUUUGAUGGGGGAGAGGGGAGGGAGGAGAAGAGAAAGGAAAACCUGACACAAAACCAUUCAGCAAAUCGUGUGACACAUCCAAAAUCUGGAUGUGGUUGUGAUUGGAUAAACAGAAGAGCAUGAAAUGGAUGUAACGAGAGCACGUGAGAACGCACUCCCAAUGCCAAGCUCAGGAACAUAGUGUCAGUUACAUGAAAACAAACGUCUCGCGCCAGACACAGAAAAGCAAUUAAAAGAGAGUCGUUGCAAGGCACUGGGAAAGUGUACGAAAAAGAAAUUGAGAAUAACAAAAACAUUGGGCAAAAACAAAAAUUCAACAAUUGACAGCGCACGAGAUCGCAUGAAUCACGGUUAAAUUUCAUGUUUUGAUAAAACACCUCCUUGACCAGGGUUGACCUGAUUUAUGUUUCGGUUUUUUUGUUCGGUCGCAACAGAUAUUGAUAGCUACCAGCACUCUUGCCUGGGGCGUUAACUUCCCAGCACACUUAGUGGUUGUCAAGGGAACUGAGUAUUAUGAUGGCAAGACAAGGAGAUACGUGGAUUUUCCCAUUACUGAUGUUCUUCAGAUGAUGGGGCGCGCAGGGAGACCACAGUACGAUGAUCAUGGGGUGGCUGUGAUCCUGGUACAUGACAUCAAGAAACACUUCUAUAAGAAGUUUUUAUACGAACCUUUCCCUGUGGAGUCGAGGUAGGUUUAGUUAGUUUGAAAAUGCAGUGAAUUACUUCAACUAAGGAAGGACUUCCUUGUUUUUACAGUAAUAAUGCUCUUUUUUCAGGCGCCCUAAGGUAUCCUUAAGGAGUUCCUUUAAUAGAGACCUUUUCAUGCAGAUUACCCAUUAACCUGAGAAAACAGCCGACAUUUAGCUCUGCUACCACUGGUUUCCCCACCAAAUGAAGUCUGAGAAACGAGCGCAGAAAUUCCCAUACCGAUGACGCGUCACUACCCAGAUCCGGGUAGUGACGCGCCAUCAGUAUGGAAUUUCUGUACUCGUUUCUCAGACGUCAUUUGGCGAGGAAACCUGUGGUGGCGUCGUGAAAUGUCGGCUGUUUUCUCAGGCUAAUUACCCACCGAAGAGUAGACCAAGGACAGUACACUGGCCAGAGGUGGUAACUUACCUUAACUACCACGUCCUCAGCUGUCCUUGUGCCGCCAUCCCUCAGAAUACGUGUAAGAUAAGGCAAAAGUAAUUCGAAAGGAGCGUUAAACAAUCAGUCUAUAGUUGUCGGAGUUAAUGAUCGCGCAUUCUUGAGUGUUGUACCGGCCGGAGUCGAACCCGCUCUACCUCUCUGGCGUCUGUUACCUGACCAAUUGUGUUAACCAGUCGGCGGACUAAAGAGUUGUCACUUUUGGUUUUACGCGUUUCAAAGAUUUUGCCUUGGCACAGAAGUUACGAGUCGUUUGGCGCGUAUUAAUCAUGAAUUACUGCACUGAUGAUCAUUCAAAUAGACUACUAAAGUGUGACGUCAUAAUCCAGUUUCUGAAAUCAUGGGAUUUGUCAGGAUAUUCUGAAAGAAUAUGUGCCAAAUAAUGAGCAUUUCGGGGCAAAUUUUCUCUGAGAUCGUAGCCCAGUUAUGCUUAGAAAACUCCAUACAAACCCUUCUAAAUUUUUUUGGGUCGACCCAAACAAAAAUUAGAGGGUUUUUAUGGAGUUUUCUAAGUAUAACCGGCUAACUUCUCAGAGACAAUUUGCCCCGAAAUACUCAGUUUUGGUAAGUAGGCCUCUUGGACAUUGUUCUUUCAAAUCCCAUAAUUUCAAAAACUUAAUUUUUAUGACGUCAUCACUGUAGUCUCAUUGAUGUGUUUCAUAAACACUGGUCUACAAACUCUAAAUGGUGAUGCCACUCAGGUUUGCUUUAGCAGAAAAUGCCUUGAAAACAAAAACGCUACGGACUUAAAAACAGUGUAAAAACAGUUGUAAUUUGCGCUGGUAAGUGCUGAGGUGACUUAUGUAUGAUUGUAUUUGACUGGAAUUUUAUAAACGGCCUCAUUUUUUGAAUUUGAUUUGCUUGCUAAUUAACCUUGAUUAUAUUUUAUUGUAUUUCGUUAUUUCAUUAUUUUCUUAUGGCAAGCCCAUUUCCUGGAGACUAAACACGAAACCCAGCAAUCAAAAGUAUCUACAUCUAUGUACGAUUGACGUGUUACUUACUAAGAAGAUUUUUAUUUUUAAAGUUUGCUGGAGGUGCUCCCAGAUCACUUGAACGCAGAAAUUGUGGCGGGAACAAUAACCUCGAAACAAGAUGCGAUGGACUACCUUACUUGGACGUAUUUCUUCCGCCGUCUGUUAAUGAAUCCGAGCUAUUAUGAGCUGGAAGAUACCAACAAUGACUCAGUAAAUAAGUUCCUGUCUGGGCUGGUAGAAGAUGCUGUUUCACAGGUGGAGACGUCCGCGUGCAUAGAGAUUGGCGAGGUAAUAAAAAGUGCCCGUGCUUUUGCUUGUUUGAUUAUCUUAGGGACGGGGUAAAAGCGCUGUAUUUUCAGUCGUCAAAUGAGAGGUGAGAUAAAUGACAUGUCCAAGAGAGAGCUUUCUGGGCACUUUGCUAAACUAAGCUAUUUACUCGCAUGUGAAGACGUCUUGACCUACCCGCGAUAUAAAAACAAAGUUCUUGCACCUUACUCUAGCAAUCUGACGGCCUCCAGAUAGAAAUAAGCACAAAAAAGAAAUAAUCGUGGUUUGUGCUUUAAAGAGGCUCGUUUAAUGCGAACAAUUUUUAGUCGUUGGUAAUGCAAAAGUACUUUAAAAUCAUCGUUUUCUGUGUGCUCUUCCCCCAAAUGGAGAACUUUUUGACGUGCCUAUUUGAAGAUGCUCCUUUGAUUAACUGAUUUAAUGAUUCGUUAACUUUCUAAAUACGAAUUGUCAUAGUUGCUCUUUGAGUGAUUGAUCACAAGAACAAUGUUUGUCCAUCGAUACAGGGAAAAACAAACAUAUUUGUUUUCAUCUACGCUAUUAUCGUAUGGAGUAGAAAUGAUAAUGAAAUUGGAACUAAAGGACUUCUUCCUUGUUUAUUUUUAGGACGGUUUGUCAGUUUCUGCCACGACACUGGGGAGAAUUUCUUCUUACUACUAUUUAAAUCAUUUGACGCUGCGCAUGUUUAGUGAACGGUUACAUGCUGACUGUAGCUUACCAGAACUCAUCCAGAUUUUAGCGGUAAGUGAAAGUCUGUUUAUUAAAAAAAAGCCUUUUUCUAUGAGUUUUGGCAAGGUGCAGUGCACGAUCCGGGGAAAUUCUCAUCAUAGAGCGUGACUUGAAAAUAGUAACAUAUUCUCACCACCUUCAAUGUACAUGAAUAUACAAUAAGAUGUGGAAGGGUGAUUUGGCGGUACAUUCUGGUGCAUUGAAGGCAGUGCACCGUGUCGUGCCUGGGUGGGAGGGUGGGUCGCUGACCGCCCUCUGAGAUGUUGUUAGACAAAUGCUCACAAUUGGAAGAGUGGUGGCAGUAUAUACAAUGCUAAGAAUUGUGAGAUAUCUAUCGUUAAGAAAAUAUUCCUGUUUUUAUUUAUUUAUUUAUACUUACGUUUUUUGUUUUCCUUUCCAUUCGUCAUUUGAUAGGACGCAGAGGAAUACUCCCAGCUCCCAGUUCGUCACAAUGAAGACAUAAUUAACGGGUUGGUUUUUCCUUAGCGUGUUUAUCCAGAAUUUUCUUUUUAUUUUUUUUUUCCUUCGACGUCGAGUGCAGUAAACAAGGAAAUUCUAAUCUGUUAACCUCCCCUUAAUUAGACAUUAUGACUACACUGAAAAUCCAAAAGGAAGUUUCCAAUUAGCGUCUGCAACAGAGCAAUAUGCCCUUAAAAUACUAGGCUCGAGUACUUCGUCGGAAAGUUUGGACUCUGGACUCGUUGCGAAGACUACAGUUGCACCUCUGUACAACGGUCACCUUAGGGACUGAAGAAAGUGGCCGUUGUAGAGAGGUGGCCGUUAGAAGAUUUUCGACUGUGUGUGACACAUCAUUCACGUCGUCUCCCAUCCCUAAUCACUGAACUUCACUGUACGUUUAUCCUACAUUAUGUAACCGUCGUAAGGUGUUCUUCCUUCUUCAGGUCGAUGUUAUUUUGACUUUACCUUGGGCGCCAUUUCAGUCGUUACGCGCCGCGGGCAUUCACAACUGGAACACCACUUAUCCUUCCCCCUUUUUGGAAAAUGUGUCUGCUUUUGAUUUGGCAACCUGCUGCUGCUGUGUCUUCUAAAUAGUUGCUGCUUUUUGCCUAAUGAGACUCAAGGGAAAUAUCCUAACAAAUUUGGCGCUAAAUCAACCUAAGACGAGUACUUUCCUGUGCUGCUUUUUUUAAUCUUCGUUUGCGUGCAUUUUUUACUGGAAAAUUCUACGUAAUUCAGUGUAUUUUAGGCCAUGUUUAAUGAACUCGAGCUAUCAGUAACGUAGUUUCCCUAAGCACUUUGUACUGUAUUUGCAGUGAACUGGCCCCAAGCCUCCCUCUUGAGGUAGACCCUCACACGUACGAUAGCCCGCAUACCAAGGCCCAUCUGCUAUUCCAAGCUCAUUUCUCUCGGACGCCGCUGCCCAGUACUGAUUAUUUGACGGAUUUGAACUCAGUGCUUGAUCAAGCCAUCAGGAUCUUACAGGUACGUCAAAAAAAUAGAGAUAGAUGCAUUGUGUUCUUGAGGUAGGCAACACGAGCGCUGAUUAAGGCUCAGUUGCUGCUUAAAGCGUCACUUAUUCGACGGCAGCGAAAACGUCGCAUAAAAAGUGAAUUUGCGUUCUUUCAGUCUUCAUCGCGAUUUUUUUCUAGCCAGUUUGAUGUUAAGGUAAAGUUAAAGGUAGAGGUAAAGAGUUCUUAUUUUACGUCGGCAGCUCGAAAUAGUCAUCUGACUAACAAACUUGGGGCUGAUGGUGCGCUCAUUUAAACCUCCUCCCCCCCCCCCCACCCUGUAAUAUGGGAGCAUUCAACACGAGCACAGAUGAUUGACUGCGCAUGCCUUGUUUAUUCUUCUCAGGCCAUGAUUGACGUUGCCUCUGCUGAAGGCUGGCUGGCGACAGCGUUGCGCUGCAUGCAUCUUGUACAGAUGGUGGUGCAAGGCCGUUGGCUUCACGACUGCACUCUCCUCACUCUGCCCUGUGUUGACCCAGGCCUCUUGCGGUAUUUCAGAGUAGAAGGCCGCUCAUUAGAAUGUUUACCUGAGUUGCUGGAUGCUCUGAGAGGUCAGAGAAAGGUUCUGCAUUCUAUGCUGGAAGAUGCUCUGAGUGCUGGAGAAAUAAACGAGGUACAAACGCUAAACAAAUGCGCACAUAGGAAAAAGAAAAAAGGGGAGGGCAUAAGGCCGAGCAAACAUCUAGAACAAAUAGCAUUUAAUUUAAAGGGUUGAAAACCCCUAUGGACUGGAGGAAGAACACUUGGCCAUCUUACAAUAAUAUUUUAAACCCAAGAGUUUAACUUAAGACUGAUGAAAAGAUUGCUUGAGGUGGACUUAACUCUGUGGUCGAUUUAAUAAAGCUUUUGCAAGAUUGUACUUUACAAAUGUAACAAUUGUUUUAGAGUCUGAAAACAUUAGCUAAACUUGUAAAUUAAACUUGUUAAAGUUUUAUUAAAUUAACCCCUGGCCUCCGGGUUACUAGUAAGGCACGUUAAGCACGUACGUGCCCACAAGACUACUUAUGUAAGCUGAGUAAAGUGUACUAAAAAAGCGGGGACCUUGUUGCCACUGUAAAGCUGUGGGUGGAGAAAAAUGAGGAGUAUGGAGGGGAGGGGUAAGGCACAUCAUUAUACAAGGGCAUUAACGACUCUAACAAGUGUUAUGUUGUGUUAAGUUAUGGGCCUGAUGAAGUCAAAUCCCUUGCUGUGGAUAAUUUUGUUUUCACCUUUAAUAAAUUCUGAAUGUAGUGAUCGUAAAUAAAUGUUUUAUCCCCGUUUUGCUGUAUCGUUAUAGGUGUUCAAUGUGUUAGGUCGUCUCCCUCAAAUCAGCGUGAAGAUAAAGGUUCGCGGAGUCUGGGCCGAGAAUGAGACCGGACAGAAGGAAACUAAAGCUAUUAGUACAGCGCAGACAGAAGGAUACGUGAAAGAUUGGGUCCCAGUGCAUGCCGAGCAAGAGUACGUCAUAAUAAUUGAAAUCUCCAGGGAAAGUUUUGGUUUUAAGGUAAAGCGUUGCAUACUUUGACUUAACAUUUUUUUUUAUUUGUUUUUUGUUGUAGUAAUUCAACAUUGAGGCGCGCGAAGCUAGUUUCAAAUUAAUUUCGCAUGAUAGUCAACUGGCCAAUUAAGACCCAAAUCACACAGAACAUGUUAUUGUAGCACUUCCUCGAAAUCCUUUAUCCAACACUUAUUAAUAGCCCAUUUUACAGUUACAAGUGAAAACGAGGCUGGAGUUGACUUUGUUUUGAUACAAUCCGUCCUACUUUAUUAUGUAUAUAUUUUUUAUGCAGUAUUUUUAAGCAAAAGUUACAUUAGAAAAGGGAGGAGGUUGUAUCUAAACAAGGUCAACCUCAACCUCAUGUCCAGUCAAAGGCUAGGACACUAAGCCCAUAACUGUAAAAUGGUCUAGUGGCUCAAUAGAGUGGAGAAGUGUGACGUCACGUUACCAUGGCAGCCCUAUUUCUGAAUGACAACAAAAGCCAACCACGACGGCGACGGCAAGAAGAAUAGCAAAAAAUAAUAUCUUUAUAUUAAAAAACAACAACUUUGCACGUGCACACGCUAUUUUGUACAUUUCUUUGCCGUCGUUUCGCCACUACUGCAUGAAACUUCCUAAUUUCACGAGCCCGCUUUAUGGAGUAGGUGAACACAACACAAAAAUUGUCCCUUUCUUUUUCUGAACUAAGAAAACGAUAGAUACGGUCCCAAAGAAAAUUUCGCCAAGAUUUGCGUAAUUAAAUGAAAGUGAAUAAGAUUGGUGAGGUUUAAAAUAGUGCGAAUAGACUUUUAAGUGACUUUUUCGGUUUGUUGUCAUCCAAAAAUUUUUCUACCGUGGCAACGUGACUUAACGACUUCUCUUUUCUAUAAAAGCGUCUGUAAUUAGUAAAUUGUGUAUGUCAGCUCAUCGUUUCAUCGAUGUUUUAGCAUCCAGCAUCUGAUCGUUGUAUGAUACUUACAACUUGUAACCCCUAGUUUAUAAUUUGAUGAUAGUUGAUAAAUAGAGAGGAGAAGUCUUUACGUCACUUUGCCACGGUAGCAAAAUUCCUGGAUGACUGCAAAUCAAAAUGUCACUAAAAGUAGAUUCGCACUGCUUCAAACUUCAUCGAGCUUAUUUAAUUUUAUUUAAUUUGUCAAAUAUUAACCCAACCCUAACAGCUACUCUUUCUUUUUAGCGCUCCAACACAAAAGCACAUGCGCCAUAUUUCCCUAAAGCGAAAGAUGUGGGCUGGUGGGUGGUCCUUGGCGAGAUGGACACAGGUGAGCUGUUGGCCGUGAAGAGAGUGGGACAAGUGCGCGCGACAAGUACCGUGCCCUUGUCGUGCUACAUGCCUGAGGACCUAGGUAGAAAGAUCUACACGGUGUACCUCAUCAACGACGCUUACAUGGGAAUGGACCAGCAGUAUGAUGUUCCUUUGGAGAUAAUAGAAUCUGAUAUAAGUAGUCAAGUGAAUACUGAGGUGGACUUUUGAAUACGAAGCCUAGAUGUAUAACUGAGUAAGAAAAGAUAUAUUGCAGUGUA